AAGGGAGCGGGCGAUGAGUAAGUGGAGGCUUCUGUGUCCAGACACUGGGCUUUUGCAGGAAACAGAAACUGGAGAGAGGUCAGCAGAGAACUUCAGAGAUGAAGGGGAUCCUCACACUGGCUUGGUUCCUGGCUUGUAGUGUGCCCGCUGUGUCAGGCGGCUUGCUAGAACUGAAGUCGAUGAUUGAGAAGGUGACAGGGAAGAACGCCUUGAUGAACUAUGGCUUCUACGGCUGUUACUGUGGCUGGGGCGGCCGAGGGACCCCCAAGGAUGUUACUGAUUGGUGCUGUUGGAUACAUGACCACUGCUAUGGGCUGCUGGAGGAGAAAGGCUGCCACAUCCGGACACAGUCCUACCAAUACAGUGUCUCACGGGGCCUGGUCACCUGUGAGCUGGGGCCCGCCUGCCAGAUGAAGCUCUGCUCCUGUGACCGGAAGCUCACCUACUGCCUGAAGAGAAACCUAAAGAGCUACAACCCUAGUUACCAAUACUUCCCCAACUUCCUCUGCACUUAGUGACCCUCAGUGAGCGCCGCCAGACCAUGACUUUUGCCCCCUUCUGCUGCCACACGGGACUCACUGGUGCUGCUGGGCUGCUGAGAGGGCUCCCAGGUCUGGCUCCUGGUUCUUUCCUGAUGGUCCACUGGGCUUGGAGGAGCCCAUAGCCACUCCUCACCCUCCAGAGAAUCCCCAGAGAGUGACUGGUCAUAGGACCUGACAAAAUCAAGGUUCCUGGCUCACUCCUAACGCCAGGCCAGUUGUCCUCGCCUCUGAAGAUAGUGCCCCGUCUCCAGGAGGAAGACUUUCCUGGGAUGCAUUUCCGGUUUCUGCCUCCUUCUAGAGAAUUUUGCUCAAGGAGAAGCUAAAUUGACUCCAUAAAUCUGCCAUGUGUAUAUUAAAUAGCAUUUCUCCUGAAGACUAAUAAACACCACGCAGGCAUAUCCCUCUGCUGUGGGGAUUGCCUGUGCCUCUCUCGCUGCCACUGGGCCACUAAACGCAUAGUUAACCACAUUCUCUCAGAGACAGAAGGUGAGGAUCAGUAAGUAGAAGGUUUUCUGAGAUGA